UUUAACUUUGUUAUUGUUAUCGUAUGUUGUAUUUGUUUCGUGUUGGUGUUUCCGCUUUUGAUUAUGUUGGUUUUUCUAGUAAGUUGUUUUAUUUUUCUUGUUUUUUAUUAGUUUUUUUUCUGUAGUUUUUACUUUUUGAUGGUUGGUUGGUUUAAUACCUAUGUCUUUAGCUUUUAAUCGUGUUGAGUUUUGGUGGUUUAUUUUAUUUGUUUUUAUUUUUGUUUUUGAAUUAUUUUUUCGUUAUUUUUUGGUUGAAUUUAAGGGUAAGUUUUUUAUGGAUCAUUAUGCUCGUUUUAUUUAUAAGUUAAUUCCUAAUUUUUUUUAUUUUGAUUUUGCUAUUUUAGGUAUUAAUUAUUUUUUUUUUGGAGUUUUUCGUUUUUUUUCUUUUGUUUUGUUUUCUUUGUUUCGUGGUUAUUAUCAUUUUGGUGUUUUGAUGGUUUUUUUUUUUUAUAUUAUUUUUUGCGUUUUUUUAGUUUGUUUUAGUAGUAUUAGUAUAAGUUUUAUUAUUUUUAAUUUUCGAUUAAAAGAUUUGAUAUUAUUGAUAGGUUUUUUU